AUUCUAUCGUUUUUUCCUAACAUUUACAACUCGAUUCAUAAAAUAUAUAUAUUUUUCUCUUGUUUUAUGUCUGGGCUUAUAAAUUUCAGGUCUUUUUCUUGAUCAGUUGAUAAAAGAGGAGCUUUUUUUUUAGGAAUAAUCAUCAGACUAUGGCGGUAGUUGAGAAUGUUUCGAAUCAAGAUGCGGUGGCGGCGUCGGCGGUAGCAAUGAACGAUCAGGAUCAGUCAAAGCAAAACCAUGUACGGUCAAAAAUCGAUCCCAGCUUACACCAGAACGAUCAAGGAUUGUACAAUAAGAUCGGUGGUCCUCAUCCUCGAUCUAAAGGUGGGGAUUUGCAGGGGAGCAAUGGUGGUGUUGGGGAUGAAGUUGGGGAUAGCUUCAAGAGGGACAUGAGAGAGUUGCAAGAACUCUUCUCUAAACUUAACCCCAUGGCUGAAGAGUUCGUGCCUCAUUCAGUUGCUAACCAUGGAAUCAAUGGUGGUCUCUUCACUAACAACUCAUUUUUGCAAAACAAUAGCAUCCCAAGAAAUGUCAAUGGUGCUGGUGGGCGGAAGAAAGUUUUCAUUCAAGGGAAACGGAGACUGAACACCAGAACGAGUAUGGCCCAAAGGGAAGCGAUUAUCCGCAGGACUGUUUAUGUGUCUGAUAUUGACCAGCAGGUCACCGAAGAGCAACUUGCAGGUUUAUUUGUGAACUGUGGACAGGUGGUUGACUGCCGCAUUUGUGGUGAUCCUAAUUCUGUACUUCGUUUUGCCUUCGUUGAGUUCACUGAUGAAGAAGGUGCACAAGCUGCUCUGAGUCUGGCAGGGACUAUGCUUGGAUUCUACCCAGUUGAAGUUCUGCCCUCUAAAACAGCUAUUGCACCAGUUAACCCAACAUUUUUGCCAAGGAAUGAAGAUGAACGCCAGAUGUGUGCAAGAACUAUCUACUGUACAAACAUUGACAAGAAGGUUACUCAAGAUGAUGUUAGGCUCUUUUUUGAAACAUUCUGUGGGGAGGUUUAUCGCCUAAGGUUGCUAGGAGACUAUAACCAUUCAACCCGCAUUGCUUUUGUUGAGUUUGUAAUGGUAAUUGUUUCUUCCCCUUUGUUCAUGCAAUUGUUUGAACAUGGCUGAGGAAGCUUUCUUUGGUCAUUCAGUGGGUAUGGUGUUUGUGUUAACUAUAGGAUACUGUAUUUUGUGUGUUAAAGAAACCCUAUACAUGGAAGAGAGAUUUUAACCAGACGAGGCAUGAACUUCAACAUACAACCACAGGAAACUCAAUAUUUAACAAAUGUGUGAUAACACCAUUUAACAACAUAAACAGGCUCCCAUCACAUGUAGACAGAUGUGAAAGCAGAAGAUCCUACUUUUUGAUAAUCUCGAAAGGAGUAACAAAUUUGCUUUAUACAAUAUUACAUCUUUGCAUUUCCUUUUCCUUUUGAAGUAUAGCAGUUGUGUGAAAGUUAAGCUGAAACUUAUCUACUUGAGCUAUUUUUUGGUAGAUUAGAAUUUUCUUGGUUGUAAUAUAUCUAUUGAAUUUGCAUUUGAAAUCAUGUAUCGAGUUUUAUUGUUUAUGAGGAAACUCGUGCAAAUAAUGUUG